UAUUGAGGCGUUGAAGAAAUUCAUAAAAAAACAUGCAGUGAUAAACUUUGCAUCAUUUGGCGAGUAGUUCUGGCUAACUAAGGCAAAAAUUCCAAGAUGUGGCUCUUAGUGGCAGCCUUCCUAGCUUGUUUUGCUUCCAGUGCAAAUGGCCAAAACCAAACAAUGCAUGAGAUGUCUUUUGACGAUGGAAAUUUUAACGUAUCGUGGACACACAACAGAAGUACGGAAGAGUUAGAGUUUGAAGUUAAUGCCAAUGCAAUAGGUUAUGUUGCCUUUGGGUUCACCUUUACGCCAGAAGACAUGCAGAACUAUUCUAUUGUGGUGGGAGGCACAAAUGGCUCCGGACAGAAUUAUUUCAAUAGUUACCACACCAGUGGCCUCGGGAAACUUACCCUGGAUGCGGACCCGCAAAUUUACAUACUGGACAGUGCUGAAGAACAAAAUGGCACUACAACCCUGCGCUUCCGACGACCGCUGGAGACAAACGACAGUAAAGACAUCCAGUUUAACGAGACCACUCGUGUGUUCCUUGUGUGGGCUUAUCAUAAAUAUUCGGAUGCAGAUAAUGUCGUUACGUACCACACAAACAGAAAUUACACAGAACAAGCCAUGCAAGUUGUCUUCCCGCCUGUGGAAAUGACGUCAACACCUCCGGCCGUCAUGACCAGGGAACGGCCAAACCCGGAAUCCUCCGCAGUUCAAGUGGUUGUCAGUGCUUUCACGCUCUCUGUCUUGGCAAUUUCAGCACUUAUGUUUUGAAGUAGCUCUGGUUCAUUAAAAAAAAAAAUAUAAAAUAAAAGAAGCUAUAGCAGUUCAACAGGCACCUGCCCGCCCAAGAAGGGCAAUCUCACUGCUUUUUGCAACAAAUUAGAGAAGCAAAAUUAGUCUCAUUCAAAGGCAUUCUGUGCUCAUUUCGCCAAUCGGUAAAGAUCGCUUCACGUAUUUUUUCAGGAAUUCUGAUUGCCUUCUCCUUUUUCUUUUUAAGCCAAUAUAUUAUUUUCGUGUUAGAAGUUUUGGAUGAUAUAGACUGGUCCAAAUAGUAAGACCAAUUUGGUUUCCAUGGCAGACUUGAAAUUGGAUAGGCAUGCCUUGUUUUGGUUCUUUUCUAAGAAACAAAAGAAGGAAAACUUCCCAUC